AUGCCCAUCAUAGCACAUUCAGCUGCAGCAGUAUUUGCAUCACCAGAGGUGCAUAGGCGGAAUCUGGAAGAGAGUGAGAGGGCAGUCAGCUCAAUCACUUGCGUCCUUUGUUUGUUUCUGACAGACAGCAUGCAUCAAUGUAGAGGGAAUCCAGCUUCCGGGCAAAAGCCGCCCGUUGUCCUGCUCGCUUCAGUGUUACUGGACCUCACAGCGGCCACUCAGGUUAACAGCAAUCUAUCUACAGAACUGUUUAAACAUUUGUUUAGCCGACCCAUCCACAGUCACAGUAUGGAGCACUUAUCUACAUUGUGUGACUCAUUGCGUGCAACGGGUAGUCACACGAAUCGAUCGAAACUCAUUGCUGAUUUUCUACGGAAUUUAGGUAGUUUUGAACAUGUGGCUUCCUUUAGUAGCAUUUCUGGUGUAGAUGGUUCACAGAAUGACAUAUAUAUUCUAUUUCGGCUGCUACUACCAAAGGAGACGAAGCUUGUGUAUAACCUCAAGGAUAAGCAACUUAUUAACUUGUUCAGUGAACUUUUCGAGGCGGAUAAAGACGCUAUGCUGAAGGAUUUGGAACAAGCGGAAGACGCAGCAACUACGAUUGGCACGUUUUUUGCGAAAAGCGAUGCUGUUUCACCUGCCUCCAAAAGUUCACUCUCGCUUACUGAGGUAGACCAAUUCCUCCAGGAUCUUGCGAGUGCGACCAAGGAUGUCGACAGACUUCCACUUUUGAAAAAGAUUGUGAAGCGAUGUACUGUCAAAGAUUUGGUGUUGCUUGUGCGUAUCAUACGUCAGGAUCUUCGUAUCAAUGCUGGGUGCAAGCAGAUACUGGAUGGUCUUCAUCCUCAAGCUUACGGUGCGUUCCAAGCUUCACGUGAUCUAAAGGCUGUGAUUAGCAAGGUUCUAGCUGCUACGGGAACUACAGGCAACACACAGACCGCCGGAGCAAAGAAGCUUUCAAUGAAACGCAGCGUGAGCACUGGCAUUCGGUUGAUGACGCCGAUAAAGCCAAUGCUAGCAGAGGCUUGCCGUUCUGCUGCACAGGCCUUAGCCAAAGCAGAGCCAGGUGGAGAGCUCUUCGCUGAGAUCAAAUACGACGGAGAACGUGUGCAAAUUCACAAAGAUGGAGACAAAUUCGCUUUCUUUUCUAGGAGUCUCAAGGCCGUUCCGACCAACAAGGUUUCUCACGUGGAGCCUUACAUUCCCCAAGCGUUCGCUCGGGCCAAGCAGCUGGUUAUUGACUGCGAAAUUUUGUUGCUGGACACGAAAACCAACAAACCCCUUCCGUUCGGUUCACUAGGCGUACAUAAGCGAGCCGCUUUCAAAGAUGCCACUGUAUGCAUUUUCGUAUUCGACUGUCUGUAUCUGAAUGGGGAGUCUUUGAUUCAUAAACCCAUUUCCUCCCGUCGAAGUGUCUUGGAACAAUACUUCUGCGAGGUACCCCACCGAGUCCUGCUGUCUGAGAGACACGUAAUCCAAACCCAUUUCCUCCCGUCGAAGUGUCUUGGAACAAUACUUCUGCGAGGUACCCCACCGAGUCCUGCUGAUAUUCCAUCUCUCAACAUACUCAUGGCUCGUGUGUUUUCGGAAAAUUUGGAAGGAUUGGUACUGAAGCCGUCCCAUAGUACUUACGAACCUGGAAAGCGACACUGGUUGAAAAUCAAACGAGACUAUUUGGCCGAGGGAUCGAUGGCCGAUUCGGUCGAUUUGAUCGUAUUGGGAGCGUACUAUGGGACCGGUAACAAAGCUGGACUCAUGUCGGUUUUCUUGAUGGGCGCGUACGACCCUGCAUCCAAGCAGUUCACCACAGUAACAAAAUGCGGCAAUGGAUUCACCGACGAAAUGUUACAGACGCUUCAAAAGAAACUUAAGAUGAAGAGGAUUACACAGUCCGAUGUUCCAUCCUGGCUGAACGUUUCCAAGUCAUUGAUUCCGGAUUUCGUUGUUGAAGACCCGAAGUCUGCUCCAGUUUGGGAGAUAACCGGUGCUGAAUUUUCUCGAGCCAGUACCCACACCGCUGGUCUAUCGAGCGGUGAAACUCAGGGAAUUUCAAUUCGGUUUCCACGGUUUACAAAAGCACGCCCUGACAAAACUUGGCAACAGGCGACCAAUGUGAGUGAACUCCAGCGAUUGGUAGCCGAAUCCGGAAAGCGCUCCGAUUGGCUGGAUAUUUUGAACGAUGCCGCUGAUGUGUCCGUGAUAAAAAAGAACACGGGAAAGCGUGUAGCCAUGUCUGGUUCUGGAUCAAAUUUGGAUCCGAAACCACGGAAGCUACCUCGGGAGGAGGGUACUGACACCACAAAAUAUUCCAAGAUCAAACCUUGUCAUCUCCGUCCUCUGUUCAAUGGAUUGGUUUUUCAAGUCGCCGAUAACACCGAUUUCGACCAAACUGAACUGAACGCGACCCUUCGACAACUGGUGGCCGGCGGCGCAGAGCUCAAAGGAGCGGUCGGGUCUUCGUUUGCUUCAUUGCUCAGCAACGAAGAAGCCACUCACCUUUUAGUUCCUCCCCGUGGUAACCACACUCCAUCCAGCUUGAUUCAAGUUACGCCCGACGAAGUUAAAAAGAGCCUGUCAGCUGGCCGUCUAUUAUUUUGAACACAUGGCUGUGUUAUAUCCCCAAAUGCUGCGUCAUCUCCGAAUUUCUUUACCUCUUUUAGUCGCCACAACUUGUGAUUGCUCUGUUUGGUACAAUUCCACCUUCCUUUCUGAUAUUCAAGCGUAUUUUUUGCCUUGAAAUGCAACCUUAUUCUUUCACGAGUGUAUAAAACGAAUGUUGUUCAAAC